UCAUGAUAGUUUCAAGUGGAUAAUCAAUCCCAAGAAAGGUCAAACAAAGAAAAAAACAAGAAUUUGAUUGGAACUUACUCAACGUCAUGAUCCCAUGUAUGGUUGAUUAAAAAAAACCCAGUCGGCUUUCAUGGAGAAGACGACGACCACGACGAAUAAAUCUACAAAACCUGUUGGGAAGCACGAAGGCUACAACACGCAAGGCUCCAUUCACAUGGGUUCUUGACAAAUUGCUUUUAAUUUGACUGAGUUUCUGGUUUUGAGUGUAAGUUUUGAAGUUCUUGUGAAGGAAUUGGUUCUGGUUGAGGAUUUUUGCAGAGCCAUGGAGGUAGAGGUGAUGAAGAUGAUGAAGACGACGAAGAAGACGAAGUUGGUUUUGUUGAUUGCAGUUCCAGUCAUGGUGGUCGUGAUAUUGCAGCAAUUUUGGUUGCCAUCUUUGAACUUCAAUCGGCUCUGGAGAACUGUUUCUCAACAUGUAGGCUCCACAAAUGAUUCACACAGAAACGACGAUGAAUUCAUCAAUGGCCUUCUUCCUCCAGGCUUCGACCAAAAAUCCUGUUUAAGCCGAUACCAACUGAAUCUCUACAGAAAACCUUCUCCCUACAUACCCUCUUCCCCUCUCCUCUCUAAGCUCCGCCGCUAUGAAGCCCUCCACCGCCGCUGUGGUCCCAAUUCGCCAUCCUUCCGCCGAGCUCUUGCCGGUCUAACUUCACCCACAAACUCCACAUCCCUGCCGGAAGACUGCAAAUACGCUGUGGUUUUAACCCGCGAUGGCCUAGGCAACCGUAUCCUCGCUAUUAUCUCCGCCUUCUUCUACGCUCUAAUGUCCGAUCGCGUCUUUCUAAUCGACCGAGGCAACGCUCUUGAUGAUCUCUUCUGUGAACCCUUUCUCGGAUCCUCGUGGAUUCUGCCGUCGGAUUUCCCUCUCCGCCGGGAAUUUGGGUCGUUCCGCCAGUCCUUUCCAGGGUCUUUUGGCAACAUUUUGAGAAAUGGAAUGUUGAAGAAAACAAUCGAAGAUUCGCCUGCGAGUUAUUUGUAUCUCCAUCUAUCUCACGACGCCAGCGAUUACGACAAACUGUUUUACUGCGACCGGCAGCAGAAUCUUCUGAAGAAGGUCCCAUGGAUGAUUAUGGAGACGAAUAACUACCUGGUUCCCGGAAUUUUUCUUGGUUCGUUUUUCAGAGAAGAGCUCAAUAAACUCUUUCCGGCGAAGGACACUGUUUUCCACCAUCUCGGUCGGUACCUCUUCCAUCCGACGAACGGCGUCUGGGGGCUGAUUUCGAGAUCUUACAAGCCGUAUCUCGCCAGAGCGAAAGAAAUGUUAGGGAUUCAGAUCCGGAAUUUUGGGUCGGAAUCCGGUUCGUUUCAGGACCAGAUGAAUCAACUUCUAGCUUGCACACAGAAGAAGAAAUUACUGCCGGAUGUCGAGCAAUCGUCGCCGGAGAAGUCGAAUUCCACAGCGUCUCAGACGGUGAAAGUUGUGCUGGUGACGUCUCUGAGCUCUGAAUACUCGGAAACCCUAAAGGAAAUGUACUGGGAGCAUGGGGGCGUCGACGGCGAGGUGGUGGCGGUGUACCAACCGAGCCACGAGGGGAUUCAAAGCUCUAACAAAAAAAUGCACAACCGGAAGGCACUGGCAGAGAUGUACCUUCUGAGCUUGAGCGACGUGUUGGUGACGAGCGAUUGGUCGACGUUUGGGUAUGUGGCGCAGGGACUUGCCGGAGUGAAGCCAUGGAUGCUUUACAAGGCAGAGGAUAAGGUGUUUCCGCCGUUGAAUCAAUGGCUGAAGUACAGAACGAGGAAUGAGACAGGCGACUGGCCAUGCCGGCGGGCGGUAUCGAUGGAGCCAUGCCUGCACGUGCCGCCGGUGUGCGAUUGCGAUGAGAUGAAGAGAAGAGAUGGAGGGAAUGAACUGCCGUUUGUGACGCAUUGUGAAGAUGCGAGUUGGGGCCUUAAGUUAGUUGAUGAAUUCAACUGAUUUUCAAAAUUAGGGCAUAUUGUUUGUCUCCUA